AGCUCCCGGCAUGCCCGGCGCGCACCGUCCGCGGCGCCGAGCCGAGGAUGCAGACGCCGAGGCGGGCGAUGAGGAUGGAGGCUGGGGAGCCAGCGCGGCCGGCUGGAACGGGCGGCCGCGCCGCAGGCGGCUGGGGCAAAUGGGUGCGGCUCAACGUCGGGGGCACAGUGUUCCUAACCACCCGGCAGACGCUGUGCCGGGAGCAGAAGUCCUUUCUCAGCCGCUUGUGCCAGGGGGAAGAGCUGCAGUCGGAUCGGGAUGAGACUGGGGCCUACCUCAUCGACCGUGACCCCACCUACUUUGGGCCCAUCCUGAACUUCCUCCGACAUGGCAAGCUGGUACUGGACAAGGACAUGGCGGAGGAGGGGGUCCUGGAGGAGGCUGAGUUCUACAACAUCGGCCCUCUGAUCCGCAUCAUCAAAGACCGAAUGGAGGAGAAGGACUACACAGUGACACAGGUGCCACCCAAGCACGUGUACCGUGUGCUGCAAUGCCAGGAAGAGGAGCUCACUCAGAUGGUCUCCACCAUGUCUGAUGGCUGGCGCUUCGAGCAGCUAGUGAGCAUCGGCUCCUCCUACAACUAUGGCAGCGAGGACCAGGCAGAGUUCCUGUGUGUGGUGUCCAAGGAGCUGCACAGCUCCCCUAACGGCCUGAGCUCAGACUCCAGCCGCAAGACCAAGAGCGCGGAGGAGCAGCUGGAGGAGGAGCGGCGGCAGGAGGAGGAGGUGGAGGAGGUGCAGGUGGCACAGGUGCAGGUGGAGGCAGAUCUCCUCCCCUCUCCCCUUGACUCUCCUCACUGGCCCUGGUCUUCUGACCCCUCCUCUCCUCCUGCCCCUUCCCCCCUCUUAUCUUCUAGCUAUUACAAGCCAGAGGCACCCGGAUGUGAGGCCCCAGAUCACCUCCAGGGACAGGGGCUUCCGAUCCGAAAUCCUAUAUUUUUGUACCACGAGGGCUGUGACUUAUCCCUGCCUCUGGCGGUGGGCUGGGGGCCUUCUAGGACCUCACAAGGCCUUCGGUGGGCCCUUGGCCCUGUGGGCAGAGCCACCUGCUCCUGGCCCAAGUGUGGCACCAUCCGGCUGUGUCUGCCAGGCCCCUUUGUUCCCUCGCCCGGGCCCCCCUGCUGCAUGGUGGAUGCUCUCCCUCCUGGCCCCAUCACGUCACCUCCUUGA